CACAUUUACAAUAAGUCAUCAUCCCCAACUCCACCGUCCUUUGAGGUAACAAUGAUCAGAGGCUACAAUGAGUUACAGCUGCUGAAGCUUUCUAAAGUAAAGACAAACGGUUGGGAGAAUGCCACAGUUUUCAUUGGAAAUCAGCCGGGAGGAUAUAAGCUGCGAUUUACCUUCAGGCCAGCAUUUUCAGUGCCCAGCGACGUUAUGUUGGAUGAUGUCAGAUUUGACUACUGUAGAGACGGAGAUUUCCCCACAGGAUCGGACCAACUCUCCUGUGAUUUUGAAGAAGACACCUGUUCAUGGAACCACGACUACAAUGCCAGCCUUUUGUGGAAAAGGACUAAACAAUCCUUCGGUGAAGUCCCAACAGCGGAGGGCUACUUCAUGAUCAUAAAUGCCAGAUCCAACCCCAUUUCAUCAACAGCCAGACUCAUCAGCUUCCCUCAACCUGCAGGUCAAGUCCUUUGUGUGAGCUUCUGGUACCACAUAUUUGGCAACAGCAUAGGUUCAUUGAAGUUUAAAGCAAAGCAUUCUGGGGAAACGGAGACGGUUGUAUGGAUGAGAAGUGGCACCCAGGGAAACAAAUGGAGAUUUGCAGAUCUCACCUUCAGAAGUGACAAACCAAUACAGUUCAUUAUAGAGGCUGUGGUGGGUGGCACGCAGGGCAGCAUCGCCAUUGACGACGUGACGGUGCACCGCAGUGAAACGGGCUCUUGCCCGGCCGAGAGAGAGUGCACCUUCCAGGGCUCCCUCUGCGGUCUGCUGCCCCGGCCGUCCGCCGACUUCAGCUGGAGCCGGAUCACGGGGGCGUCCCGGCCGGCCAACUCCUCCGGCCCGGCCGCCGAUCACACGCUGGGGACUGAGCAAGGUUACUACCUGAGUGCCCAGCUGUGGAGUCACCCUGCGGGGUCCAGGGGCGUAGUGAUGACUGAGAUGAUGGAGCCCACUGCCGCUAACGGGGAAUGCCUAAUGUUCUGGUACUACAUGGAGGGAGGUGAGGUGGGAGAACUCAGUGUUUCCCUUCAGACCUCCAGCAGGAACAGUGUGCAGCUCUGGAGCAGAAGUGGAGACCAGGGACGGCACUGGAGGCACGGGAGAGUGACUCUGCUGAGCCCCAGUGACCCGUAUCAGGUGGUCUUUGAGGCUGUGGUUGGAGAUGGACCCAGGAGAGAUAUCGCCAUCGAUGACCUCACUGUCCUGAAUGGCGCCUGUCCUCCGCCAGGAUUUUGUGACUUUGAAAUGGACUUCUGUGGUUGGGUGAACAAUCCUGCAGCAGAGUCCCACGUGGACUGGGACUGGCUCUCAGGGGACAGCGAGGGUCAAUUAAUUCCAAAUAAGGACCACACGACAAAUUCUGCUCUGGGCCACUUUGUCACCUUCUUAACUUCGUCUCCUGGGGAAGUCGCACAACUGAAGAGUGAGACCAUGGGGGCAGUGGACCGAGCUUGCCUGGAGAUCUGGCACCAAUCCGAUGGGUGGAUGGCAGCUGGUAAGCCCUCAGACAUUACACUAAGGGUGUUUGUGAAUGACACUACUGGACUGCGCCCUGUUUGGGCUACAAAUGGAUUAAUAAAUAUGUGGAUCCGGGACCGAGUGGACUACAAUGCAUCAGGACCUCACCAGAUAAUACUACAAGCCAAUUCUUCUACAUCUUUGGGUGGUGGCUUUUCUCUGGACGACAUCCACAUCAUCAGGGAGCGUUCUUGUGAUGACGUUGUCCCGACGACCACUCCAAACCCUCCCACCCCAACCCCCACUGCUCCUGCCUCCGACAUGGACUGCACCUUCGAACGCGGUCUAUGCAGUUGGGUUCAGGAGGUCACUGAUGAUUUGAACUGGACUCUCAGUAGUGGACUCAUGGUGGACCAGCCAUGGGACGGACCUCGUUAUGAUCACACUGUUGAAAACGAUCAAGGUUUUUUCUUGCUGUUGAACGGAUCUGGAUCGAAGGACGGGGAGACAGCAGCCGUCUCCGUUCCUGCCGUUGGUCUGACGUCAAACAUCUGUGUGGGUUUCUGGUUCUACAUGCUCGGGCCGUCGGUGUCCGCCUUGGACCUGCUGGUCGAGACGAGCUCCUCUGAACUGUUAGUGUGGACUCGUCGGGGGACUCAGGAUCCAGAGUGGAUCAACGCACAAGUCACCGUCAACAUGAGCAAUAUCACACGGGUGACGUUCACUGGCCGCAGGAACACCAACAGUCGAGGAUUCAUCGCUGUGGAUGACAUUGGAGUGAAGGAGGGGGCCUGCAGUGACGAGCAUGUCUGUGGGUUCGAUUCCGGCUGGUGUGGCUUCGAGAACGCUGUCAACCGCAAGGGUCGCUGGGGUCGAGAAAGAGGCUCCGAAUAUCAGGUGGAUCACACCUAUGAAACUGAAAAUGGUUUCUACAUGACUGUGAUGACAUCAGACUCCACACAGGUGGAAGUAGCUGAGCUGCGAACACCCAAUUUCCCCUCGGCUGCAGAGAUAUGUGUGCGCUUCUGGUACUGGAUACCUGAAGGGUCCUCUAACACCCUUGGCGUGCAUGUGCUGCUCGGCGGGGACGUGCGUGAAGUUUGGCAGCGAUCCGGAGCGACCACUUUGAACUGGGAGCUGGCAGAGGUCACUGUGUCCUCGCCUGGAAACUUCCAUGUCGUGUUUGAAGCGUUCCACGUGCCAGGUACCAACUCCACGGUGAAAUUGGAUGAUAUUUCCGUGAGGGAUGGGGCCUGCAGGCCUCCAGGCAGCUGUGACUUUGAGUCGGGACAGUGUGCUUGGGUCAACAUCCCCACAGAAGAUGGACAUUCCUGGGUGCUGGCUAGCGGAGGCUUCCAGGGUCCACUGACGGACCACACCACUCAGACCCCAGAGGGCUGGUUCUUGUUGAGCCCAUCAGUGCACCAGAGCCACAGCAGCAAAGCGCAGGUGUUGUCCGAAUGGAUCCACCUGAGAGACGUCACCUCCUGUAUUACCUUGUGGUACCAUAUGGACGGCAGGGACUCUGGGACGUUAAAGGUGCACAUGCGCUCACCGGAGGACCACCUGGUGUUGAACAGGACCAGCAGCGCCGGCGGCUGGACCAGGUUCUCCCACACCGCGGAGACGAUGAAACCCUUCCAGCUGCUGAUCGAAGCGGAGAGCAACAGCGCAGGAUUCAUCGCCAUAGAUGACGUCAGCGUGGCGCCGGGCCCUUGUCAAGUAAAUGAGACGGAUUUGGGGUUUGUGGGUUGCUCGUUUGAAAACGGAACCUGCGGCUGGGACGACCUCAGUUCGGGCCAGUGUCGGUGGACGAGAGGCAGAAAUGCCACUGGGAACAAUGGACCCUCUGUGGACAACACAUUGAGCACUGAACUGGGGUGGUAUUUGGCUGUGGCGCCUAACCGAGGAGAUAAUGUGAGUCCUGCCACUGUGCACAGUCCCACCAUGAAACAGGCCAGCGCCACCUGCACACUGCACUUCUACUACAACAUGAAUGGAGAGGACGAAGAGACGCUGGAUGUGUUUCUCCACGAGGGCUCCAGGACCACUGCACUGUGGUGGCUAUCUGGUAACCACGGAGAUUUGUGGCAUCACGCUGAGGUAACGGUCGGUCGAAUUCCCCAGGACUUCAGAGUCCUGUUUGAGGCCCGCAGGUCCUUCGACGGGCCUGGACACGUUUCCAUCGACGACAUCCAUUUCACCAACUGCAGCCUGCCUGGGCCCGAACCCUUGUGUCCGGAGAACAUGUUUGUGUGCAGCAACGGUGCGUGCGUGGACCACAACCGGGUGUGUGACUUCAGCGAUGACUGCGGGGACUGGUCUGAUGAGAGGAACUGUGAGCGACAUGGUGUGGCUGAGCGCUGCAGCUUUGAACAAGGCCUUUGUUUCUGGGAGGAAAGCGACGUGGACACAGCUGGAGUUGAGUGGACGCACCGCAGAGGACGGGAAGCGUGGCACGGGCCUCCCAGGGAUCACACCUACAACUCCGACGCAGGUCACUACGCCGUGCCGGGGAAUCUGAUUGAGAAGAGCCAAACAUCAGAGACUCUGUCCAAAACUUUACUACCCAGCCACAACUGCACGGUGAGAUUCUUCUACUUCAGCCUGGACGACGCCACGGCCACGCUGACGGCGCGGUCCAGAACGCUGCACUCGGGUGGUGGGGACGCUUUGUUGUGGCUCAGGGAAAACUCCCGGAGCUUCAGCUGGCAGAGGGCAGAGGUCACGUUCUCCUCCUCAGUCAACAGCAAGGUUGUGUUCAGGUACGAGCGCGGGGACGGCCUCCGGGGGAUGGUGGCGCUGGACGACGUCUCCUUCUCAAGGGAGUGCCGCUUCGACCCCGACAACGACAGGCUGCCGGGCGCGCCCCCCACCUCCGCCCCGCCGCCGCCCCUCCCCUGUCAGGAUGAGGAGUUUCUCUGUUGGCGGGCGGAUUACGGAGUGUGCAUCCCGGCGGCGCUGCGCUGCGAUUACCAUCCGGACUGCCCGCAGGGGGAGGACGAGGACGGUUGCGGUGGGUGCACGUUUGAGAAGGACCAGUGUAGUUGGACGAACACCAGUGAUGGACCCGGCCGGUGGCAGAGACAGAGAGCCAGCAAUGACACCGAGCCUCCCACUGAUCACACCACGCACACCGGCUACUACAUGAGAGUGAAUCUGAGUCAGGAGUCCACACAGACUGAGGCCCGACUGCAGAGUCCCCCACUCGCCCCUUCGUCCCUCUACUGCCAGAUUCUGUUUCACUUCCACGUAAGCGAAGCGAGUUCUGGGUCACUCAGAGUGCUUAUGCAGCAAGCUGACGGGAGUGAAGCAACCCUCUGGACACGCAGUCACAACACUGGCUCCGAUUGGACCCCGGAGCAUUUGCCCGUAGGGCGCCACCAGCAGCCGUAUCAGGUUCGGUUCAGCGCACGCAGCGCCGUUGCCGUGGACGACGUCUCUUUUGUCAACUGCGAAACAUCCUACCGGCCGCCGGCCCUGUCGGCCUGUGACUGCACCUUCGAAGACGGGCUGUGUGUUUGGGUCCAGGGGGCCGAAGAUGAGCUGGACUGGCUCAGCAAUUCCGGACCGACAGAAACGCCCAACACCGGGCCUGCAGGAGACCACACCACCGGCAAAGGUAAAUACAUUUACAUCAAAAGUUCCCGACCGAGCGUGAAGGGAAGUGUGGCCCAGCUGAAGUCCACGCUGCUGCCGCCUGCUGGGGAGCAAGGGUACUGCUUUACAUUUUGGUACCACAUGUUCGGAGCCACUGCGGGCUCCUUGAGGAUGCUUCUCCUAACGGCCGAACCCUGGAAGAAAACAUUGGUGUGGCAAAACUCAGGAAACCAAGGGGACGAGUGGCUGCGAGUGCAGAGCCAUGUGACCUUGCAGAAUGUCCACCAAGUGAUUCUGGAAGCUACUGUUGGGGGAGAAGCGGGAGACAUUGCAAUGGAUGAUAUCUCCCUCCUCAGUGGACCAUGUCCUCCCUCUGACGAGUGUGACUUUGAGGAGGGGAGCUGCGGCUGGCAGCAGGAGACCGCCGAUGACCUCGACUGGGUCAGGUGGUCGGGCGCCACCCACAACCCCAACACGGGGCCGGAGAGCGACCACACCACCAACACCCCCGCGGGCCACUACUACUACCUGCCCUCCUCCGCUGAGGACGGCGCGGGACAGACGGCCAGAAUGUCGUCUCCGCUGUACCCGCCGGGCAAAGGAGCUUGUUUGCAGCUUUGGUACCACAUGUACGGCAAAGGAACGGGGCUGCUGAACGUCUACCAGCAGAGUGAAGGAGGGAAGCCCGCUCUGAUCUUCUCUCAGACAGGAGACCAGGGUCGGCUGUGGAGGUCCGCUCAGGCGUCGCUUCUGCCCCGGGUUGGGCCUUACAGGAUCCUGGUUGAAGGCGUGAAGGCCGGCCCGACCCAGGAGGGGGACAUGGCUUUCGACGACGUGCAGCUCACAGACGCUCAAUGCCCCCCCCCGGGGCGCUGUGACUUUGAGAGCAACUGGUGCAGCUGGAGCAACCUGGGGGCCGGGGUGGACCAGGGGGACUGGCUGCGUGGUCGGGGAGCCUCCCCGAACCCCAACACGGGGGCCAGUGUCGACCACACCACCAACUCCACACGCGGGUUCUAUCUGUAUGUGGACAGCUCCGUGGGCGAGUGGGGGGACUUGACCUUCCUGGUCAGCGAGGUGUUCCAGCCGUCCGCCAGAGGUCACUGUCUGACCUUCUGGUACCACAUGUACGGCAGCCACGUCGGGACUCUCAGGGUUUACAUGAACGACAGAAAAACCCACGCUGGUGACAACGAAGAAGGGAUCCUAAAGUGGAUUGAGACGGGAAACAAAGGGGACAAGUGGCAGGAAGCCAGUGUGACUGUUAAACACAGAGAAGCAUUCUGGUUUGUGUUUGUUUAUCAGCGGGGGAUCAAUACAGGUGGGGAUGUUUCUCUUGACGACAUCACUGUCCUCCCAGGAGGCUGCUACUCCGAGCCCCCCAUCGGCCCACCUGACGACAGUAACGACACGUUGUCCGUGGGUCUGGCUGUUGGUCUGACUCUGCUGGCUGGACUCAUCAUCUCCAUCUUCCUCUUCAUGCUGAACAGGAAGUUCAGUAAAAUGGAACAGACGACAAUUAUAACCAACGACGCGGGUGAAGACAACUCUGCGUUUGACCUCGUUGACGGCGGGACAGAUGUACCUCAACGUGGAGCAGAAUCACACUUCUCCUUCUUCAACCGUCUGUAUAAUCCUUCUCCACCCGUGACUGACACCGCGGUAGCUUCAACUGAUGCCUAGUGAAGAUUAAUAACUCUGAUUAAAAACAAAUAAUACAUUUAACAAUUUGUGAAUUUAUCCUGUGCUCUCGGCGAUAUUUGAUGCCAAUUGUAAAUGUUGUUUAGAAUAUUAAAUAUUGAUUUUACUGGGGAAUUUUGCUGGGACAAGAUUGGAUCACAGGAUGAGAAAGUAUUAGUGACUCAUUAGUUUGAAUAAUAACAACUGGAUUACAUGAGCAGAUGUAUUACUUACCUACCUUGAGUAUUUGCAAAUGCUGAAAAUGUUAACUCAUUUUUAGAUAGAAUUAUACAUACACCUGGUGUAGCUUGUUUAUGUUUUUGUUUAGUAUGCAUAAAUGACAACGAUGUUGGUCUUUCUGUUUGGCUUUCUGAUACGAAACAAUUUAUUAAUAAAUGUUUGAUAAUGUUCUUUUUAUUUACCGCAUUAUUUAAUUUGCAAUAAUGAAAAUGUACAGAUGAAGCUUCCUGUCCUUUAUCCUUUUUUUUCAUCGUUGGAUUGUUCUUUUUCCUUUUAUUUACAUUUCUCUCGUUCACAGAAAUAUUUGGGAUAAACAAAAUACACAUCUCUAUUAAAAGGGAACUGGCAAGUUAU